GGGGGGUAAAAGUAGGCCGGUAACAACAACAACAAAAGAAAAAAGAAAGAAUGUUCGGACGGUGUAACGAAAGUGGUACAAGACUGCGACGCCAUUUUGUUCCCAAUACAUACACUGGACUUAUACUUUAGGAUUAACUUUCAAUGCAUGCUGUUUCUGGUCACUUCCGGGGAGAGUCGUUUUAGCCCCUGUCGCCGAAGUUAGCGGAUGUUAACGGAUACUCGUGUAUCAUGUAGUGAUGUGCAACCAUCCCUCUCUUCUGUAUCUUCAGAGAUGAAGGACAAACCGGACAGCGAGAAGGGAGGCGUCACCAUGAACGAAGGUCCGUCCAAGACCACCAGAGGGCGCUGCUUCAAGGUUGCCAUCACGGUGUUCCCUGCCAUAGUCUGGGUCCUCUACCUCUGUGGCGGUGCCUGGAUGUUCACUAGCAUCGAGGGACCCCAUCUCAUGCUUCAGCGGCAAGUCGAGAAGGAGUACUUCACCAAUCUUGUCAUCGAGGCCUGGGAGAGGGGACGGAGGUGCAACAUCAGCGGAGCAAAUUACGCGGUGAUGAAUGGUUCGAACGUGACCGACUGCCAAGUCGACGACCUCGCCGACACUAUAAUACGCGAGAUCCACCAGGAUAAGGGCCUUGAAUGGAGCUUUCUUGGUGGUAUUCAUUUCUGCCUCACUGUGGUCUCUACAAUUGGUUAUGGCUUACUGGUUCCUCGGACUCAUACAGGACGUCUUCUCUGCCUCCUGUAUGCCAUAAUUGGUAUCCCUCUCAACAUCACCCUUAUAGGAUGGGUUGGGAGAGGAAUCGUAUUCUGCAUCACAAAAACGUACCAGUCCCUCCACAACCUCCGCAUGUCAUGUCGAGAGAAGCGCGGAAGGCGAGUCGAUGUGCGUCCGCCGCGCUCUAUCAGCACCUUGAGCAUUAUCGGAGCCACCCGGAUCAACGCCACAAAGCAGUGUAACCACAAUGCGGAAAAGGGGAAGAACAAACGAAAUUCCAGUUUUAUCAACGGAGCCGUGGAACAUUCGGACUCUGAUACGGAGAUACAAAUGAAUGGCGCCCACCAGCUCGCGAUUAGACCGAGGCAAAACGGGCUGUUGCUGACGCAGAACCGCUCUACGGUAAAGCUGAGUGGAGGUAAUAACAAAACGGACAGCUCUGGAGGAGGCGAUAGCGAGAAAGAGUGGGAACAUCCGUCAAUGGAACACGUUACUCACAUUUCUCAGAUGCGAGACCUGGUCAACGGAUCCGUGAAUCAUGGCGAUCACGGAUCCGAAAGGAGCGACACAACCAUGACAGGUGUGGAGGACGAUGGUCCGGUUGUCUCGGACAAUGAAAUCAACGAAAACAACAGCAAUAGUAACUCCGAUGAAGGAGAUAACGCUUCAGGGAACAAGGAAACGGGUGUACCGAUAUGGUUCGUCGCACUUUUCUUUGUCUUGUACCUCUGCUCGACGUCCCUCAUGAUUUAUUAUUCCAACUUUGUGCCAAUGAAUUGGUCUCUCAUUGACUCCCUCUAUUUUGACGUCAUCACCAUCUUGACGGUAGGGUUCGGGGACAUGUUCUAUUACACGAGAGGCCAAACCCUGACGCAGCAGCAGAAGACAUCCGCCACUUUGGUGUCCAUCACCACCAUGAUCCUUGGCAUGCUGAUGCUCUCAGCCUUCCUCUCAUUCGCCGUCGAAUCCUUCACGCUCAACAAUAUGAAGAGGUGGUUCGACAACGUCUUUGUGAAAUGUUGGGAGGGACUAUUCUGCCGGAAAAGGAAGAGGAAAAGGGACAAACCCACACGUUAGCAUUGAAUAUGUAUGCAUUCUGCUCAUGAGUGGACCAAUGAGACUAUUCGCCAUAAAAUUGCCACAACGUGUGCCUGUAGUUUUACAUUAGCAAUCAUACAUGUAACAAAUUAAAGUAACUGAAUGUCAGAUGCGUUAACGUAGCCUUUCAUGUUAUUUAGACUAUUUUUUACAUUUGUAUUUCACUUUGUGUUAAUCAUUGUAAUUCCCUACAUCAUAUUAAUGUCAUUUUUGAAAACUUUAAGGGGUUUCGAACAGGUUGGACAACCUCAGUUAAGUAUUAAGUAUUACAUUUGGAGCAUGCAGAUAGACCACAUACGAAUGUGUUCAUCGCAAGCAUCAGUUUGUACAGACAUUUUCAAGUUGACUGAACGUUUCAAAAGAGCUAAGGUUCACAGGGACAAUGGUUCUCGAGACCGAAGAUACAGAUGGCUGAUCGUUCACGAGGCCGAGGUUAUCAAGACCAAAAUUCAAUAGGUCGAGGUUUCGAAAGACCGAGGGUUUACUAAGUGAAAAAUUCUAGAGCCCGAAUUUACCGAGGUUCACGAGGCCAAAAAUUCAUGAACAGCAAACGUAAGUUACUCAAGAUCAAAGAUUCACAGGGCCUAUGGUUAAUAAAACAGAAGAUUUAAAAGACCGUAUCUAUGUUCUUAAUUUCCGAAGGUCUACGAGAUCGAAUACCCAUAAGACCGAAUGAUUGCGAGGCCAAAUUUUUUUCUCUCGUGAACCUUACUCACGAUACUGGUGGUCCAUUAUAAAGAUAAAUGUACAAAAGCCUCAUGAACUUUCAGUCUCAUGCACCUUCAGUUUAAUACCCUUCACCCGUUUUUGGACAUAUUAAUUGUUACCUCUCAUUCAAGCUUGCAUUAUGACUGUAGAUCUUUGAUAAAUGGUUAAUCGGUAGCUGGUUUUAGCAACAGAAAAUGUUAAACCUUACUGCUACCAUAGCAGUGUAACAAGACCGUCCAUUCUACAUGCUCCAAAUGCCCUCGCUAAAGUCCGUUGUC